UCAGCUUAAAGCACUUUGCACCAACUUAAAAUAUCAAAUAUAUUUCCGGAGUUCAAUUGGCGCCAACUUUUACAAAACAUCAAAAAAAAAUUAGAAAAAACGCUUUUCUGUGCGCCAAAGGGCGAAAAUUACACGAGGAAAUUCGAACGAGAAUUGCUGCUGACAGAGUACUGAGAACGGAUGGAAGCCAAAAAGCGAUGCAUGCGCUGAAGCUGCGUCAGUGGCAGUAAUUAAGCAAAUGACAAAAUAAGGCGAAUCGUCCAGCUGGAGAGACGAGACAAAGCAGCAAGUCACGGCCACGGCAAGCAAGCAACGCGCGUCACGCAUACGCAGCGUGGCACAUGCAAAAUUUAACAGCAUCAUUGGCUGCAUCAGUGGCUGCUUCAGUGGCUGCUUCAGUGGCUGCGGCAACAACCCGCUGCCCGUAGAAAGUACUACACAAAUUUUUGGCAAAAAGGCCAGCAAGAUAAAUAGUGAAACAGACACGAUAAAAGACACAGCAUGGAGACCAUUAUGUCAACAUUGCCCACGCUGACAGCUGACGAUGGCAGCCUCUGGAUAACUAGCGCUCUCACCGAGCUGCUGGCCACCGGCGCCAAUAGCAGCAGCGGGAGCAGCACAGCAGCAGCUGUAAAUGCUUCGACAGCRACCACGGCGAAUGCUACCAAAGGUCAUCCCAAGCAUCCGCAUGGUGUGAAUGACAGCGAAACAGAUCUGAGCUCAUAUCCCGGCUAUAUACACUAUCGCGACAAAUACGAUCUGACCUACAUAGCAAAGGUGAAUCCCUUCUGGCUGCAAUUCGAGCCGCCUGACACCAGCACCUUCUACAUCAUGGCCGGCCUCUAUUGCCUAAUCUCCGUGGUCGGCUGCUUUGGCAAUGCGUUCGUCAUCUUCAUGUUCGGCAGCCGGAAGUCGCUGCGCACGCCGGCCAAUAUACUGGUCAUGAAUCUGGCCAUAUGCGACUUCCUGAUGCUGGUCAAGUGCCCCAUCGCCAUCUACAACAACAUCCAAGAGGGCCCAGCGCUGGGCGAUGCAGCUUGUCGCCUCUAUGGAUUUGUGGGUGGCCUGAGUGGCACCUGUGCCAUUGGCACUCUGACGGCCAUUGCCCUGGAUCGCUAUAAUGUGGUGGUGCACCCGCUGCAGCCGUUGCGCCGCUACUCCCGCCUGCGCUCCUACCUGAUCAUAUUCGCCAUCUGGUGCUACAGCUUCCUGUUUGCCGUGAUGCCCGCCCUGGACGUGGGCCUGUCGGUGUAUGUGCCGGAGGGCUUUCUCACCACCUGCAGCUUUGACUAUCUCAACAAGGAGACGCCGGCACGCAUCUUCAUGGCCCUCUUCUUUGUGGCCGCCUACUGCAUACCCUUGGCCUCCAUUGUCUACUCCUACUUCUAUAUACUCAAGGUGGUCUUCACGGCGAACCGCAUCCAGUCGAGCAAGGACAAGGCCAAGACCGAGCAGAAGCUAACAUUCAUUGUGGCCGCCAUUAUUGGCUUGUGGUUCAUUGCCUGGUCGCCGUAUGCAAUUGUCGCCAUGAUGGGCGUCUUUGGCCAGGAGCAGCACAUCACGCCACUGGGCUCCAUGAUACCCGCGCUCUUCUGCAAGACGGCUGCCUGCGUGGAUCCCUAUCUGUAUGCGGCCACACAUCCCAGAUUUCGUGUCGAGGUGCGUAUGCUGAUGUAUGGACGUGGUGUCCUCAGACGCGUAUCCACCACUCGCUCCUCCUAUAUGACUCGAUCACGCUCCUCCUUCACGCAUCGGUUGCGCCCUUCAAGCGGCGACUGCGAGAAUCGCGCUGAGCCCUACACGCUCAACAACAACCUGAUGAUGGUGCCCGAGGAGACGGAGGAGAACGAGGAGAUCAUCGUUGUGGCCGAGAUCAACAAUUCCAUCUCAGGGGUCAUGGAGCAGAGUAAGUUUUAAAAAGAGAGAGAGAGAGAGCUUACCAUAUCAAUUGAGAUUCCGGAUAACCAUAUUUUUGUACUGUAAAGAGAGAGAAAGAGGUAGAGAUGUAGAUCGAGUGUUAAACGUGAUCCUUUAUGUACCGAAGAAUUUUAAAGAGAGAGCUUACUAAAUUCAGUA